UUGAAUUUUGAAGUCUGUAAUAUUCUUUCUUUCUCCUUGUGAUUUGUUCUUGGUUAUUGGAUUGGAGUUUGGAGCAGGGUGAUCAGUUAAAUUAAUUAAUACUAAUUAUAAUCUCGCCUUUUGAUUUUCAUCCAUUAUAUUCUACCCUUGACAUCUGGUUUUGAUGUAAAUUAAAUAAUUUUAAUUUCCGCCUGGGUUCUUUCUUCUGCCAUUUAUCACUCUUGCUCCGUUCCUUCCCAUUUCAAUUCAACUCGUCCUCAAGAACUCACGUCGCCAACUGCUCUUUGUCUGUUUACUCUCUGUUUCAAUGAUUCCAUUGAGUGAAGGACUGUUGGGUCCUUGUGAGAAGAUGGGCAUCCCUUCCAACAGUAACGACUGGCCACAGAAAGUGGAUGAGACAGGAUUGAUGGCUUCAAGUGUUAGAAUUAUGGAGAAACCAGGUUCAGAUCAGGCUCUGAAAUGUCCUCGUUGCGAUUCAUCCAACACCAAAUUCUGUUACUACAACAACUACAGCUUAUCUCAGCCCAGACACUUCUGCAAAGCUUGUAAGCGCUACUGGACAAAAGGCGGAACGUUGCGUAAUGUUCCAGUUGGCGGUGGGUGCAGGAAGAACAAGAGGGUGAAGAGGUCUGCACCAACCACUGAAGCUUCUUCAUCAUCACAAACUACUCCACCAACACCACCACCUCCCCCUUCUCGUGUCGAUGUAUCCACCGCUUCCAACCACAUUACUAGUCCUUUAUUCUACGGCCUUUCCGGUAAUCCUUCUGACAUGAAUCUUCCAUUCCCGAGUUUCCACCCGAGAGUUUCUAACAUGGAGAGCAAGCCGACAUCAUGUGCUGGUUACGAUCUCCUGCCUCAAUUGAAUGCUCUCGGACUGGGCUUCCCGUCGGCUACAAUGAAUGCUGAUACACAUGGCGACGAAUACCGAACUGGGUUCGAUCCUGCUACUCAAAUCCAAGACGUUGUUACUUCCACUUCUCUUCUUUCAAACUACUCAUCACUUCUUGGAUCGUCAUCUUCUACAUCAACAGUUUCUCUUUUGGCUUCUAGUCUUCAGCAGCAAAAACUGAUCUUGGGUGGUCUGAAAGAGAGGCGACCAGCUAAUAAUUUUCAGGCCUUGUUACCCUUUGAAGAUCUACAAAUGGAUGGGAAUGGCGAUCUGGGUGUUGUAUUGAAAGAAGUGAAGAUGGAAGAAGGGAACGAUAGAAUGAACAACAAGGUGGAUUGGAAUGUUCCUUGUCAGAAUACGAUUGAACCAAUUGGAUCGACUGCCGAUCCAUCCCUAUAUUGGAACUCAACGGCUGUUGGUGCUUGGCCUUAUCUCAACAACUUCGGAUCUUCAGUCACUUCUUUGAUUUGAUCUGAGAAUACUGAUGAGACAUCCUCUCUCUUUACAGUUUACAAUCAUCUGGGUCUUCUUAGUUAGGUAGGUUUUCUGCGGGUUCUUCUUGUAGUGAACUUCAUGGCCACAACGGAUGGAAAUUCAGAAGCAACAAAGUUGGCAUGAAAGCUACUACAAAGGGAGGAGAUUGGAUCGGAGCGAUCAUCUCAGUUGCAAACACCACAGCCUGUUAUUUUUGUUUUCGUGGUUGACACAAACUGUUUGCUCUGAGAGGAACCUCGGAUCAUCUUCCUUUCAUCGUCUCCGGCAUCGCUGCUGUCAUUAGCUCAAGUGCCGAAAGGUUUCUUGGGAAGGAUCCUUCACAGCACUUGGAUGCAUUUCCUGGUCUAGUAAGUUGGUUUUCUUGUAUGUAUAUAAGCAUGACAUUGCAUUUCUUUCUAGUGUAUCUGUCAUUAGGUGGUGGGCAAGGGGCCGAGUUAUUAGAGAUACAUUCAUAUAUUGCAGUCCUCAAAGAAGAUAUAUCAUCAGUUGGGGAACUAAUGAGUUCUCUGCUUUUUUUUUUUCACUCUUAUUGUUUUGUUUCAGGGGGGAAGGGUUGGGUAUAUAUAGUAAUAUAAAAGCGAGAGAGAUUUAUUGUUGCAAAUGUGGGUGUUUAAUCUCUGUGGUUGGUUAUUGUUACAUCUGAUAGUGUUGAUGAAAGCUGUGGUUUUGGGCUUUCUGUUCCCUUAAAUAAUUGUGCAAACCCUAAAACUGCAUCUCUUGAAUAAAUGGAGAAUUGCUGUCAUUGAA